GACUACGUAUUCUUUUGGAAACCAGAUACUCCGCACGGCUGGGCCUCGCAGUGGUACCAUUCGCCGUUUACGGCGCGCAUCGACGUCGCAGUGCCCGCGCGGGGAAUCGAGAUCCGCGCGGAAGAGGCACACACGUUCGAGACGGCCGAGCACUGGAUGAUGGCAUGCAAGGCGCUGCUGUUCGGCGACGACGACGCCUUCCGCGCCGUGCUCGCCGCGGAUGCGGGUGACAUGCGCCGCGUCAAGGCACUCGGGCGCGCGGUGCGGGGCUUUGACGAUGACACCUGGAAUGCGGCGCGCGAGGAGGUCGUCUUCCGCGGGAACGUGCACAAGUUCAGGCAGAACGCGGAGCUGGGGGAGACGCUCCUUGCUACGGGGGACAAGGUGCUCGUCGAGGCGAGUCCUAGGGACCGCAUCUGGGGCAUUGGGUUUGGCGAAAAGAGGGCGUUAGAAGUGAAGGAGCGGUGGGGGUUGAAUCUCCUCGGAAAAGCGCUGACGCAAGUGCGG